UCGCUCGCCUCCCACCCUCCUCCCUCUCUCUCUUCUAGUUCACCGCGUCGCGCUUUUCUCAGCUUUCUAGUUUCUAAGCUUAGAUCCGCGCCACGCCACCUAACCCUAAAAUCGGUCGCCAGCACCAGUUCGUUUUUCCGUUCGUUACAGCGUCCUCUCUCCCCCUCUCACUUAGCGCACCCUUCGUGUAUUCCCUGGCGCGCCGUCCCCGUAUUUCGUUCCCGCGCGAAACUAGGUGAGAACCACGGCUGCAUUUGAUAGCGCGGUUACCAACUCCUAGCUCGCCGUUCACCUCCUUCCCUUCCCGCCGUUUUCCCUCCCUUCCUCCCGCCGUCCCCCACGUUUCCUGCCCGCGCGUCACCCCUCUCUCCCAGCGCGCGUCACUCCCUUCCCUUCCCUGCUCGUCGUCCCUCCCUUCCCACCGUCGCCGUCCCUUUUCUCCCGUGCUCGCCGUCCCCUACCCCCCAGCUCGUCUUUCCACCCCCGAAAUCGUCCCGCCCCACACCCGGUGCUCUUCACUCCUCCCCCUCCUCUCCUUCCAGUUCCCCCUGUCCCUGCAGGCUGUUUCUUUCCAUCUUGUCCUAUCCCCGUUUCCCCACCUUCACCCCACGGUCGCCGCCGAUGCCCCAUCCGCGAUGGAAAUCGAACCGGAGGCGGAAGAGGUGUCGUUAGCCUCUCGCAAGCAAGCCUAUAUCCCCCCCCAGCGUCGGUCCCUACCACCCGCCUCUUUGUCCCCCUCCGGUCCACAACCUCCGACCCAGGUGGCAGGUGAGCCUCCUUCCCCGAGGGCGGGCGACUAUCGACCGGACCCGGUCGUCGAGCCGGCCGCCUCCACCGCGAGCUCUGACGAUACCGCCCACACCGAUCACGCGGACGAGUCCACGCCAGCCCAUGAGGUGAGAUGUCCCACGUGUCUGAACCUCAUGGCGGACGAUAGAGCUCUCCGCCACCACACACCUCACUGCACCCCGAGCGAUGAGGCACGCCGUGUGCAGGCCCGCCAGGAGGCCGCCUCGGUCGGCGGGUCACUCUCACGCCCGGGUUCAUCUGUCCCGGUCUUUUCCGACGCGCAGUGGGCGCAGCUGGACUCUGUGGAUUGGAGGGAGUAUUUCUCUCCGUCCCGGACGCAUGCUCGCCCGCUCCGGCGCAUUCCGCCGAGGGUCCGCGGAGGCAUCUCUGAUGUCCUCCGCGCGAUCACCGCCCGUAUGGAGCAGUAUCCGGAUGCCGACGGGCCCCACUUCUUGUUCACGGCAGUGCCGACGCUGUUCUUAGCGCCAGCUACUCCACCAGAGCGGGGCCACACAGCUUCCAUCGCGGCUCGCGUCGCGCGCUUCUUCCGAGGUGAGUGGGACUCUCUCUUCUCCGACGCGCUGCGUCGUCGCACGCCCCUGCCCACCCGCACAUCACGUCGCACCCCCGUCACCACCACGUCGGGAGACGAGCGUCGGAUUGCGCGUUGCCUGCGCUUGGCAGCGUGCAACGAGACAUCUCGUGCGUGCGCGGCACUGGAGUCGGCCGAGGCGGCUCCAGACACGGAUCGCACGGUGCAUAGCCUACGGGCUAAGCACCCUAGCGCGGAGCGCCCUCUACCGGAGUGGCUCUCCACCUUCCACGAGGACGGCCUCGUGCUCUCUGCCACCCACUUGCGCCAGGCCAUUUUCACUGCACCGCGGGGCUCGUCGGGGGGACCGACCGGAUGGGUGGCAGAACACCUCCGUGACACCUACUUGGCAUUCCCACAGACCCUACCCUCCUUGCUGUCUGUGUACCAGCUCUGGCUCGGAGGACGCUGCCCCUCAGCUGCGCGUUCUCUUUUGGCCUCGUCCACCCUUGUGGCUCUCGCGAAGCCGAACGGGGACGUGCGGCCGAUCGCCAUUGGAGAGGUGCUCGUGCGCGUCCUCUCCCGCGCAGUCUGCCUCCAGCUCCGCGACCAGAUGGCGAGAGUGUUCCUCGCGUCACAGCAGUUCGGAGUCGGGGUCACGUGUGGCACAGAGGUCACCGUUAGAGGCGUUGUCCGCGCUCUAGCUGACCACCCAGGCUGGGUGGUUCUGCAGCUGGACGUGGCCAACGCCUUUAACUCUUUCUUUCGCGACGUCUUGUUCCAGGCACUGCAUGCCAGUCCUGAGUUCAGGUGCCUCAUUCCUUUCAUCCGUCUUUUCUACGGCACGCCGUCCGAUCUGCUCUAUCGGACCGGCAGGGGAGUCACCACGAUGCACUCGGAGCGCGGCACUCGGCAGGGAGACCCGCUGAGCCCGUUUCUCUACGCCCUCACGCAGCGCCUUGCCCUGGAGCCCGUCCUGGCAGGGGGUGACGUCCAGCUCUGGUCGUACGCCGACGACACCUACCUCGUGGGCCCUCCGGACAGGGUGCUGCACCACUUCACGGAGGUCGUGAGGCGCUUGGGCGGGUUGGGCCUUGCUGUCCAGCCGCACAAGUGCCUUGUCCAUCACACGUCGGUGAUCCUGCCUCGCGACGUGCAGGCUUUCACCGAUCUGGGCAUCGAGGUCGCACGCCGGGGGCUCACCGUGACGGGCGUCCCGGUUGGCACCGAGACCUUUGUGACGACCAGCCUGCGGGACCGACUGGAGAGGAUGGCCGGGGUGCUGCCGUGGCUCCCGAGGCUGCGGCAGCCACAGACAGCGGCGCGCCUGCUCUCCGCGUGUGUCAGCACACGUCCGCAGUACUUGGCGCGGACAGUCCCCCCAUCACCAGAGGUACGUGCCAUCUUUGCAGCGUGGGACGCGCGCUUGGGAGCGACCUUCCAGCAGCUCCUGGUGCGAGGUACGUGGAGGGAGGGGGACGCGAUCUGCGGGGCAGCCCUGGAGCAGGCUUUCCUCCCGAUUCGCAUCGGGGGCUUCGGCAUCCGACGCAUGGAGCGCAUCGCCCCGGUGAGUUAUCUCUGUUCGUGGGCGCAGUGCGCACCGAUUCUCUGCUCGUUGCCGUCGGUGGGGGAGGGCUUCCGUCAGAGCUUCGCAUCAGGUGAGCCCGCCCAGAUCGAUCCGCACAUCAUGAUGGCUCAGGAGGCCCUGCCGGCGGACGUCCUACGCCUCAUGCCGGCCUGGCCUUCUUGCGCGACAGGAGCACCGGACGGCCUUUUCAGAGAGGCCAGCAGACACAUCGAGGCGCACGCUUUGGAGUCGGUACGUGCCCGUCAUACUGAUCCCCUGCAUCUUGCCCGUUUGACAUCCCUUCAGGGUCCAGGUGCGGGAGCUUGGCUUACGGCGGUGCCCUACGCGGACUCCCUGCGCAUUCCGGAGGCGCAGUGGCAGGUGGCUUCAUGCUUUCGUCUCGGUCUCCCCAUUCCCCAGUUAGUCCUGGCAGGUCAGUGCUCGUGCGGAGAGGAGAUCGCCGACAUGUCGGUGCCGCAUCACGCGGUGAGGUGCGCGCGCUUCGCGGUCGCCACGACCAUCCACGACACAGUGAAGUUCAUGCUUCGUGACUUCGCAGACGAGGCCGGCUUCGCUGUCCAGGUGGAGGACACGGCGCUCAUUCCGCACCUGGAGGCGGCGCGAGCUCGACUGCAGGUUUUGCACGCGGGGGAGGGGCAGGGGCAGGAGCGGGCAGGACAGACAGGACGGCAGCAGCGGCGGGAUCAGGAGGGGGGGAGAGGCAGGCGGGUGAGGAGGGAGAGAGGCAGGGGGCGGAGGAGGAGCAGGAGGGGCAGCAGCGGCGGUUCGGCAGGGAGGAUCAGCAGCAGCAGCAGCAGCAGCAGCAGCAGCAGCAGCAGCAGCAGCAGCAGCCGCAGCAGCAGCAGCAGCAGCAGCAGCAGCAGCCGCAGCAGCAGCAGCAGCAGCAGCAGCAGCAGCAGCAGCAGCAGCAGCAGCCGCAGCAGCAGCAGCAGCAGCAGCAGCAGGGCACGGGGGAGAGCCGGCGGGAGGAGGAACAGCAGCAGCAGCGGCAGGGUGGCGGAGAGGGGCAGCAGCGGCGCGCGUGGGGAGAGGGGCAGGGGUUGCAGCCGGAUCCAGAGUUUUACGCCUGCGUAGUGGAGACUUUUGGGUGCCUGAGUGAGCCACUGCGGCAGUUCCUAGGGCUGUGUGCAUCGCGGACAGCACGGCGGAGGAGAGAUUCAGGGGCAGGGGAUGACGGUUCACCGCGUCGCGCUUUUCUCAGCUUUCUAGUUUCUAAGCUUAGAUCCGCGCCACGCCACCUAACCCUAAAAUCGGUCGCCAGCACCAGUUCGUUUUUCCGUUCGUUACAGCGUCCUCUCUCCCCCUCUCACUUAGCGCACCCUUCGUGUAUUCCCUGGCGCGCCGUCCCCGUAUUU